AUGUUGUUUGCAUCACACCCCACAUCCGCAAAACAAUGCUCCACAGUGUCUCCAGUGGACCUUUAUGUUCGCGUCGGCAACAGAGGUCGAGGCGUCUAUGCGAUCUUCGGGACAGCUAACAUGAGGAUGGGCAAGAAGAGGCAAAAGGCUGCAAAUCGCGCCAAUGCAAGAACCGUUGCUAUCCUCAAUAAGCCCAAGGUUGCCAAGGCAAAGAGCUUCAAGCUGCUGAACUUAGCAACAUACACCUACUCCAGCGUCGAUUACGAGCAAGGUCAUGAUCACCAAUGCCUUGCUCGAGAUUCCGGUGUCGAGAUAGACAUGACGCACCACCGUAUAGAUGCAGAUGGUAUGACAAUCUCUCCUAUGCCUCUUCGUCGCCUUGGUCGUCUUCAGCAGAUUCGCCAUUAA